UGUAAUUGCUCCUCCCUUACAUCUCGCCAGCAAUGUGGUCCACAGCACGCACCGUUGCGGCAGGCGACAUAGUGAUAAUUUGGCAGACUCGCGAAUCCGUUCAACCCCUGCUGAUUACACCAGGUAAAGAUUUCAACAGCAAGUUCGGCUUCUACCCGCACUCGGACCUCAUUGGCGUUCCGUAUGGAUCGAAGGUAGGGUCACGGAAUGGAAAAGGGUUCAUACACCUCCUGCGACCUACGCCCGAGCUGUGGACAAUGGCGUUACCUCAUCGUACUCAGAUCUUGUACAUCGCGGACAUCUCCUUCAUUACCUCAUGGCUUGAUAUCAAACCAGGAAGCAAAGUUAUCGAAGCCGGAACUGGAUCCGGCUCGUUCUCUCAUUCUGUUGCAAGAACUGUCGGCGCAAGGGGGCAUCUCUGGUCGUACGAAUUUCACGAGGCCAGGGCCAACAAGGCGAGGCAAGAAUUUAGCGACCACGGUCUCGCCGAUAUCAUCACGCUCACACAUCGGAAUGUAUGCAAAGACGGCUUCACGGUCACCAACACAGUGGAUUCAGUCUUUCUAGAUCUUCCCGCUCCAUGGGACGCCGUCGUCCACGCCAAAAAUGCCAUGCGUAAAGACUGCACAUCUCGCAUCUGCUGCUUCAGUCCAUGUAUGGAGCAGGUCUUGCGCACUGUCAAUGCUCUCAACGAGGCUGGGUUCACCGAUAUCGCCAUGUAUGAGGUUCUGAUACGACCUCAUGAAGUGAAUGAGAUCACGAUCCCAAAACUGGACGACAUCGUCACCAAGCUAAAACAAUCCGAGCAGAAACGAGAAGAAAAGCGCCUCAGGCAGAUCGCCAAUGCCGGUAAAAGGAAGCGCGAAGGAAGUUCUGAAAAUGCCGUCGAAAACGGUGAAAAUAAAAAAGCCAAGACAGACGGUGCAAACGUGACAGAAUUGCACCGAACUUCAGAGUUGGAAUCCACCUCUACUUCUGCCAAGGGAGUCGGGCCACAAGCUCUGCAAGGCGCCGAUGACUCAGCCUCUGUUAACGGUGCAAAAGCGGUGUAUGAAGUCCGUGGCCAUACAUCCUACCUCACCUUUGCACGGCUCGCUCCAAUCGCAGAUGAGGCCUGA